AUGCAAUUCCUCCAAUCCCUCCUGCUUCUGCUACCUGUCGUCCUCAAUGUCAGCGCCAAUGUCGAGAAAACUAUCUUCAUCGCCCCCUCCCUCACGACCAUUCCCACGGUUGACCCUUCCCUCGAUGACCUUGGUCUGCAACGACUGUCGCCCCUGAACCCCAUUCUCCGCACUCAAUUGAACGCCUCCUUCCCCACUGAUGAUUCCCUCGGCACUGACUCGUGGUACUUCCUGGAGAACCUCACUCCUGGACGGCGAUAUGAGGCGCGAAUCUGCUGGCUAGCGACGCAACCAACGGACUUCACUUUGACCACAUAUACCCUCCUCGAUGCGAUCGAGGAUCCGGCCCUCUUCUCUUCCAUUAGUGUCUACUCGGCCGCCCGUCUCGCCGAUUACCCCCCGCAAGAUAUUCCGCCGGACUCAGCGUCGACCGAUCCAUCACCCACCACGGAGUCGGUGCUCUUCCUGCGCGUCCGAGCUGCGGCGGACUAUUACUCGCUUGACCGGUCGCUGAUGGAGAGCGUCCCUCCUGUCCGAGCGGAUAUCAUUCUGGAUCCGUUCCUAGGGAAUGUGUUCCCGCUGUCGCUGGUGCCGACGGCAUGCUACAUGUGUGUCAUUGGGUGUGUGGCAGCGUUGCUGGGAUCGUGGGUUUGGGGACAGUUUGGCAAGGUCGCAGAACCAUUGUCUGCUCGACAGGCGCUAGAAAAACGGAAGACGAAAUGA